AUGCCGAAAACUCAGAAACGCAGACGCAAGGUCCCUGUAACGCAAGCAGCGUCUCCUGCGCAUCCUGCUCCCUCGGGCUCGUCCAGCAACCCCGCCGCGACGCGGUCCCUCAUCCGGCGGUUCCACGUCCUUCUCAAGCGCAGAGCUCAGUUGCAGGGCCCCAUCGGUGACACCGGGGACGCGAAACGCGCUCUCGCUGAUGUGGAACGCGAGAUCGAGGACAUGGGUGGAUUGGGCGCGUACCAGAGGAUGUCCAGCAUCGGGCAGGGCAAAGACAGAGGAGGAGGGAGCGAGAAGGUUUUGAUUGAGUGGCUGCAGGAGCUAGGCGUUGCUUCCAGUGCCCAGAAAGAGAAGAGGGUGUUGAGGCUCUUAGAAGUGGGUGCACUCAGACCUGACAACUACGCGUCUUGUGCUUCGUGGAUCCAAGGUAACCCCAUUGACCUCCGCUCGCAGCACCCUGCCAUCGCGGAACAGGAUUUCCUGCUCAUGGACGAGAAAGCCCACCACGCGAGGUGGGACGUGAUCAGUUUGAGUCUCGUGCUCAAUUUCGUGCCGGAUGCCAAGGACCGAGGCCAAAUGCUGCGGCUUGCGCAUUCGAUGCUCCGUCCGGAUGGAUUUUUGUUUCUAGUUCUACCGCUCCCAUGCCUCCUGAACUCCCGCUACCUUACCCCGGAGCACUUCCACGGGCUUGUGAACGCGAUUGGCCUGGCCAUAGUCUACACAAGAUGGAAGGAAGGCGGCAAGAUGGCAUACUGGCUUCUUCGCAAGUCCUCCAGCAACGCCGCAGAACGCCGACCGGACUGCGAAGCCUAUCAAAAGAAAACGGUGCUUCGUCAAGGAAAGAGAAAUAAUUUCGUCAUCCUCCUGUGA